AGCAAUUGAAACAAGCGUGGCCACUGGUCUCAACCAUUUACGGAUAUCGACGGACUUGGUCAAGUUGUUUAAAAUUGACUACGGGAUCCCUCGUCGGCGGGCCGGGAUUUUAGCACUCUACAAACAGUACAAGUCCGUAGCGUCGCCUGGAUCUCUGUUUAGCUGAAACCAUCUCCGCUACGCAUAUCGAGUGCAUCUGGGACGAAUUACAGGUGCUAAGCGUAAAGCUCUUGAGGACGCUUUCCGGAGCGACGCAAACCCAACACCCCUUCAAAGGACCUGUCUUGCUCUCGCGGGGAUCUUCAUCACCAUCAUCAUCAUGCCUAUCAAGUCCAAUUUCCCUGAUGUCAACCUCAGCGUGACUGAUAUUUUCUCGCUGUUGUUCAAUCGAAAAGAGAAGCCGUUUCCUGACAAUCAAGUCAUCUUCCAGGAUGGCGAGCAUCUGGAAAGGAAAUAUACCUAUGCCCAGCUCAAGCAAUUAAGCACUGAUUUUGGCAAGGGGUUGAAAUCAAAUUACGGAUUUCGAAAGAGCGACGUGCUCGCCCUGUAUGUUCCCAACGACAUUGACGUUGGCCCCGUGGUUUGGGGAACUCUGUGGGCAGGAGGUGUCGUUUCACCAGCCAACCCCGGCUACACCGUCGCCGAACUCGUCUACCAACUCAAGGAUUCGGGCGCGAAACUACUCGUCACCCACAUCAGCGCUCUCGAGAAUGCGAAAAAGGCGUGCGAGGAAGCAGGCAUCCCCGAGUCGAACAUCCUACUGCUGGGCAAGGAUGGCGACCCGAGCCGCAAAUUCAAGCACUGGAGCAUGGUCCGCAAUCUAGAAGGGACGUCACGCUGGCGGACGCCAAAGAUCUCACCCAAGACGGAUCUGGCGUUUCUCGUGUACUCCUCGGGCACGACAGGUCGACCCAAGGGCGUCAGACUCACGCAUCACAACAUGACGGCGAACAUUGAACAAGUCAGCUCGGCCGAGCCGCACUUGUCGCAUGACGGAUCGAAAAAGGUCCGCGGCAUUCCCGACGCGCCCAAGGGUCAGGGUGACAAGAUCCUCGCCGUGCUACCGUUUUUCCACAUCUACGGGCUCAACUGUCUCGUCCACCUGCCGGUCUUCCAGGGGGUCCACACGCUGGUGAUGUCCCGGUUCGACCUGGAGAAGUGGUGCCGCCUCGUGCAGGACCACCAGGUGACGUUCAGCUACAUCGUGCCUCCGAUCGUGCUGCUGCUGUGCAAGCACCCCGCGGUGGAAAAGUACGACCUCCGCUCGCUGCGGAUGACGAACUCGGGCGCCGCCCCGCUCACGCGCGACCUGGUCGAGUCACUCUGGGAACGGAAGGGCGUGCGCGUCAAGCAAGGGUACGGCCUCAGCGAGACCAGCCCGACCAUCUUCAUGCAACCCUGGGAGUCGUGGAUGAGCGCCGUGGGCACGACGGGCGUGAUGGUGCCGAACCUGGAGGCCAAGUUCUGCGCCGUGCCCGCCCCGGGCGAGGAGUCCGACGGCACCAAGGAACUGCCGCGGGGCGAGAUCGGCGAGCUGUACGUCAGGGGGCCCAACGUGUUCCUGGGGUACCACAACAACCCCUCCGCGACGGCCGAGUGCCUGGAGGACGGCUGGUUCAGGACCGGCGACGUCGGCUUCCUCGACGAGGGCGGCAACCUGACCAUCACGGACCGCGUCAAGGAACUCAUCAAGUACAAAGGGUUCCAGGUCCCGCCGGCCGAGCUGGAGGGCUACCUGGCGGCCCACGACAAGGUCGACGACGUGGCCGUGGUGGGCGUCGACAGCGUCGAGCUCGGCACCGAGGUGCCCCGGGCGUACAUCGUGCGGAAGGGCGGUGCGGGCGCCGUGCAGCCAAACGACGCCGAGGACAUCAUCAAGUGGAUGAACAACAAGGUCGCCAACCACAAAAAGCUGCGCGGCGGCAUCAAGUUCGUCGACGCGGUCCCCAAGAGCGUCUCGGGCAAGAUCCUCAGGAGGGUGCUGAAGGAACAGGCCAAGAAGGAGUUCAAGGAGGAAGAGGAAAAGAAGAUGAGGGCGAACAAGACCUCGGGAAAGCCAAAGUUGUGAUGGACCAAAGUUGGACCAAAUGCCUUGGCUGGGCAUGCAGCAAUGUCGUCCACUCGGAUAUACGAGACCACACAGCAAAGUCAGGGUUUGGUGGAGGGGGUGUGUAUCCUUUGGCGGUACUCAUAGUAUGUUGGUCUUUUUUUUUCUCGGUCUCUGCGAAUGAGGAAUUAGGACUUGGGAGUUCUCGGGAUGACUACUGUACCGUUGAGGAGGAAAUAAGGCUUGUAUCUAAG